CUGUCAGUUUCAGAAGCCGUGCUUGCUUUCGCCUCCCGGAGACAACCAACCUUGAGGGAGCCUUCGUGUACAAAAAUGGUCGUUUAAGUGACAAAGCAUUCGACUUUCUCUCCAUUUCGCCUUCCUUCAGCGUGCCAUCACCUGGCCCAGCCCAGCCGUCACCAUGGAGACCGCCUCCAGCUACGUGCUCAUCCACGGGAAGAACGUCUCCCACAGCACCGUGGCGGGAUCCGCCGCCGCCGCCGGUGCUCACAUGUCCAUCGACAAGCUCUUUCCCGCCCUGCUGGAGUGCUUCGGCAUCAUCCUGUGCGGAUACAUAGCCGGCAGGGCUGAUGUCAUCCCCGAGAGCCAGGCAAAGGGUCUGGGCAACUUUGUGUCCAAAUUCGCCCUACCAGCUCUGCUUUUCAAGAACAUGGUGCUGCUGGACUUUGGCGACAUCAUUUGGUCGUUUCUGUGGAGCGUCCUGGUUGCCAAGGUGUCUGUGUUUGCACUGGUGUGUGUGCUCACGCUUAUGGUGGCGAGUCCUGAAAACAGAUACGGCAAAGCUGGUCUGUACGCCAUUUUUGCUACUCAAAGCAAUGACUUUGCACUUGGGUAUCCUAUAGUGGAUGCUUUGUACCGCAGCACGUACCCAGAGUACCUGCAGUACAUCUAUCUGGUGGCCCCCGUGUCCCUCAUGCUGCUCAAUCCCAUCGGAUUUGCUCUCUGUGAGGUGCAGAGAUGGAAGCAGGCCGGCAACGCACAGCAAAACUCUGCAGGAGUGGUGGCGGUUGUGGUCCUACAGGUGUUGAAGAAUCCAAUUGUGUUUAUGGUGGUCGUCGGCAUCGCCUCUCACUUCGCUCUGGGCCAGAGGAUCCCUGCUGUGCUGUCCAACUUCAUCGAUGGCCUGGCCAACUCUUUCGGAGGGGCGGCCCUGUUCUACCUGGGCCUCACUAUGGUGGGUCAGCUGAGGAAACUGACAAGAGAUGCUGGAGUCGCUUUGAUUCUCCUCAUCACUGCCAAACUUCUGGUGAUGCCGCUGGUGUGCAAGGACAUGAUGGACAUUCUGGAUGUGGGCGUCAACAGCACCAGCGCCAACCACACCAGCUUGACCAACUUCGCCUUCCUCUACGGCGUCUUCCCCACCGCGCCCAGCGUGGCCAUCUAUGCCGGACACUACAACCUGGAACUGGAGGUGGUGACUUCAGGCAUGGUCAUCAGCACGUUCCUGUCGGCGCCCAUCAUGUACGUGUCGGCCUGGCUCCUGGCGAUCCCCCUCAUGGACCCUGCCCCCCUGGUGGCAGAGCUCCAAAACGUCAGCUUCAACAUCAGCAUCGUCUGCCUGGUUGCGCUGGUUUGGACCAUCGUGGUGAUGCUCCUCAGCAGGAAGUUUAACCGUCUUCCCCACCUGUUUGCCUUAAAUCUCUUCCUGGCUCAGUUCCUGGUAUGUGUCAGCAUGAUCCUGUGGAACUUCCUGGUCAGACAAGAAGAUAAUCUCAUCGGCAAAAUUCUGGCCUUUUCGCUGCUCUACAGCUCUCUUUACAGCACGUACAUUUGGACAGGUCUAAUCCCGCUCUGCUUGGCUCUGACCAGCAGAGAUGAUCUGCUGAGGCUGCGUCCGGCAGUUUUCAUGGUUUUUGGCUGGGGGGUUCCCUUGGUCAUGGUGGGAGGUCUUUUGCUUUCUGGCCAAAGGACCGACAGCAUUGACUCCGCCUUCUUCUAUGGCAAAGCUCAGAUCAUCAGCACAGCCGUGGUGCUCGCAGUCAGCCUGGUGCUCGGUGCCAUCUCUCUGAUGGGUCUCAGCCAGGGGGACCGAGAGCAGAGAGGCUACCAGGUCCUAAACAGGACGGCUGUCCCUGCUGCAAAUAAUGAGGAUCUGAGGACCCCUAGUGGUGUAGGAGACACACAACAGCAGCAGCUGGCAGAAACUUCACCUGGCUGCAGCAUUAACUCUGACAUCCACACGCCUCCUUUCCAGUCGGUGCCUGACAUGAUUGCCAGCACACAGAGGAACAAUGGCAACAACACUGACCACCCGGGGGCGCUGUGCGACAGGCAGCAGCAGAUUUCCUCCUCUUCAGAGCAUCCUCCAAACCCGGCUGCAGCCAAGCGUGGAAGCGCUGAUGACGACAAGCAAACAGUCAGACACGUGCUGCUCAGUCUCCUGCUCAUCGUCAGCUUGCUCGCAAACCUCUCCAGCUGCCUGUGGUGGUUGUUCAACAAGGAUCCAGGACGGCUCUACUUGGAGUUGCAGUUCUUUUGUGCUGUGGUGAACUACGGACAGGGCUUCCUGUCCUUCGGGAUCUUCGGCCUUGAUCAUCAUCUCAUCAUCCUGCCCUUCAAGAAGAGGUUGCAGGGCUUGUGGCGAGGUCGCGCCGCAGAUGAGCUGAGUCCUGCGGGAGGAGCCGAGGACGUCAGGCUCACCUGCACGCAGUUUGUGCGCUACCACAAGGAGCAGUGUGUGCACGAUAUAUUUCACACGCGCAGGUGCCGGAGCGACGCCCCGCAGCAGCAGACGCCGGACCUCCAGGCGGACCGGCACCAGCAUGAGCCCGCCCCAGACCCACCUCACCAGCACCCCCACAUCCGAAGCACGUUCCUCGGCUGCGACCUGGUCGACUGGCUGAUCGGCCGCGGACUGUGUGCGGGGCGAGCCCAGGCCCGGCGCUACGUAACACGUCUCCAGCAGGGGGGGGUGUUGCGCGACGUGACGGGCGAGCACAGCUUCAGGGAGGAGUGCAUGCUGCUCUACCACUUCGCACAUGAGGACGAGACCAGCUGAUGGAGACCCCAGCAGCAACCACCAGGCCACAACACUAAGUGCCUUACGGUGCCGUUUUUCCAUCCGCCACUAGGGGAACUCUUGUUCUUCAAAGUGCAGGCAAGUCCCCUCUUAAAAAAACAUUUAUUUUUGCACAGCAUGUGAAGGUUCUGUCGCUUUCCACAUCGCUUGGCGGUUGCUGCUUUUGGCUCCACCCUCCUCAACUGACAUGUUUGGUUUCUCUUUACUUUUAUUAUUUCAAUGCACUGAAAGGUCCACAAUAUAUCUUUUACAGCAGGGGUGUCCAAAACUACGGCCUGUGAGGCGCCAUAAGUUUAAUAAUAAAAAUAAGAAAUCUUACCCACGAUGAGAUUGCAUUCAAUUUAAUUAUCUGAGAAAGCCGAUGUAGCCAUUUUGUUGCCAACCAGUGGACAACAUGAAGAAUUUAGGUCAAUGACUUUUAAUAAUGCUCUAUUGCAAACAACCUUUCCUAGUCAUGGUGGGGAAAAAAAAUAAACAAAAAAAUCCAACCGACACAAAAUGUCAACAGACAUGGUCACACACAACACAACCUGUUCACUGUAUUUUGUGGACAUAAAAAACGUCCAUGCACUGUAAGAAAUUCAAAAUGACACCCAAUCAAAUCUAUUACAAAGCAUUUUAGCUGCUUGAUAUUUCAGAUUGUUUACAAAACUUUAAGGAGGUUGUCACGGAAGUAAAGAAGGUAGGAGUUGAACUUUCACAUACCGUUAAUAUCCAAUUAUAUUUAUUAUUAAUUAUAUAUCCAUUAUAUUAAUACAAUAUAAGUCAAAAAGUUUGGACACCCCUGUUUUACAGAGAUACAGUGGGUACGGAAAGUAUUCACACUCUUUAAAUUUUUCACUCUUUGUUUCAUUGGAGCUACUUGCUAAAAUACAAAAAGUUAAUUUUGUUUCUCAUUAAUGUACACUCAGCACCCCAUCUUGACAGAAAAAAACAGAAAUCUAGCAAUUUUAGCAAAUGUAUUAAAAUCAGGUUGGAUUGGAUUCUUUUCAUCCACUUUUUAUUUUUUUAAUACAUUUGCAAACAAUUCUACAUUUCUGUUUUUUUUUGUCAAGAUGGGGUGCUGAGUGUAUAUUAAUUAGAAUUAAAAUUUACUUUUUCGAUUUUAGCAAAUGGUUACAAUGAAACAAACAGUGGAAAAUGUAAAGAGGUGUAAAUACCCACCGUAAUAAUUAUAUACAUUGAACAAUAUGUUCAUUAUUGUGCUUGUAGUUUGCACUCCUUAUACUUACAGUGGUCCUCAUACAGGGUUUCUACAGGUAAUUAAAAAGCAUUAAAAAUGAAUUUUGCAAAAAUUAAGGCCUUAAAUGGCACGAAAAAGCUAUGAGCUUCAAAAAGCUAUAAAUACAACGUCCAGAGGUAUUUAAAAAAAAUCUUAUAUUUGCAAUUAGCAACAAAAUAGACAACAAAUCAAACCACCAAACACAGUUUUUCCUAUUGGGGGGAAAAAAUCUGCACUUUAAGAUGUUCGAUAUUUUUGAAAUGCAAUUAAUGCUAACAAAUAUUGAGAGUCCAUUCUAUCUGAUGUUUGGUUAUAGGAUAGAAGGAUAGAAGAAAGUAAAAAAGGUAAAUCAGUUAAAAAAAAAGUGAAAUAAGUUUAAAGUAAUAAUAAAAUAAGGUAAAUAAAUGUAUAAAGAAGCCAAAAAAAGAUAAAUAGAUGGUAUAUAAAAGGUGAAACAAGUUAAAAGAUGAUAAACAAAGGUAAAAGAGUAAAUCAAAGAUUAAAAAAGGCAAAAUAAAGUAAAUAAAAGGUUUUUAGAAGUUAAAAGAAGGUAAAUAGGAAUUAAAGGAAAGUAAAAAAGAUACAAGAAGGUAAAAGGGUAAAUUCAAUCAAUCAAUCAAUCAAUCAAUCAAUCAAUCAAUCAAUCGAAGAUUAAAAAGACAAAAUAAUCUAAAUAAAAGGUAAAUAGCAGGUAAAAUAAGUUAAAUAGGAGUUAAAGGAAAGUUAAAAAAAUAGAAUUUAAAAAAGAUAAAAGAAGUGAAAAAAAGUAAUUUAUGUUAAAAAGUAAAAGAAAGUAACAAAUAUAUAAAAAUAUAUAGUAUAAAGAAGCCAAAAGAAGAUAAAUAGAAGUUGAAUAAAACAUAGAAGAAAAUAAAUAGAAGAUAAAUAAAAGGUACGUCUAGGGUAAAAGAUGGUUUUAUUUACAAUAGUACAAAAUACUACAGUAAUGACAAAAAUGCUUAUUGCGUUUGAACGUGUUAUUUGCAUUAUAUGUUAUGAUACAUUUGUGCUUAAUUUGGCCACAGUUAGUGUCAACUAUUCGACUAUUCAACAUUAUUAUUGUCAAAUGUUUACAAUUUUGUCCAGACAGACAAUUGUAUGCUUUUGAAUCCAUACAAUAACGAUCUGCAGUCGGACAUGGGCACUAAAAUUGGUUUUAAGUUGCAUUAAAAAGCAUUACAUUAGUUUUGCUGAUAUCUGCAGAAACCCUGUAAUAUUUUGGUGACCAUAUUUAUUAGAAACCACUACAAAGUACAGUAAUGAAGUAAACUUACUGUGAAAUGAAUACUUGUCUGACAUUACUAUCUUUGCGUGUGUUUUCCCGAUCAAAGUACACUGGCAUUAAAUUCCGCUGUAACUGAGAAUAAAUAGUUUACCUGAAGGACAUUGUUAAAUAUAUACUGAAAUAUUAUGCUGAGAUGUUUGACUAUCAUCACGUUAGGGAAGCAUUGGUUGCGCGCAUGACUUGAAAUUAUGCCAGUAGAGAUGUCCGAUAAUAUUGGUCUGCCGAUAUUAUCGGCCGAUAUAUGCGUUAAAAUGUAAUAUCGGAAAUUAUCGGUAUCGGUUUUUUUAUUAUCGGUAUCGUUUGUUUUGUUUUUUUUUUGUUUUUUUUAAUUAAAUCAACAUAAAAAACUCAAGAUACACUUACAAUUAGUGCACCAACCCCAAAAACCUCCCUCCCCCAUUUACACUCAUUCACACAAAAGGGUUGUUUCUUUCUGUUAUUAAUAUUCUGGUUCCUACAUUAUAUAUCAAUAUAUAUCAAUACAGUCUGCAAGGGAUACAGUCCGUAAGCACACAUGAUUGUGCGUGCUGCUGGUCCACUAAUAGUACUAACCUUUAACAGUUAAUUUUACUAAUUUUCAUUCAUUACUAGUUUCUAUGUAACUGUUUUUAUAUUGUUGUACUUUCUUUUUUAUCCAAGAAAAUGUUUUUAAUUAAUUUAUCUUAUUUUACUAAUUUUAAAAAAAAGUACCUUAUCUUCACCAUACCUGGUUGUCCAAAUUAGGCAUAAUAAUGUGUUAAUUCCACGACUGCAUAUAUCGGUUGAUAUCGGUAUCGGUUGAUAUCGGUAUCGGUAAUUAAAGAGUUGGACAAUAUCGGAAUAUCGGAUAUCGGCAAAAAGCCAUUAUCGGACAUCCCUACUCGCCAGUAAAUGCGUCCCCUACGAACUCUGUUACAUAAAUAGAUUUUGUGAGAGUCAUAUGUUUGCAAUCCUUAUGUAUGACAAUAACUCUUAUGUUUUUCGGUUUUCUAUGCAUUCUAACUUGUAAAUAAACAG